AUGCAGCUAACUUAUCGGGAACUCGAUGCGGAUAUUGUGCGGCGCACCAAUGCAAUAUUUCCCGUCCAGGAUUGCUUUGUGGAGGUGCUGCCGGAUCAGCUGAUCAUUCCACGUAAAUUUGUCGAGCUGGGCGAGUCUAUACGUCGACUGCCUGUCUACGAAGACGAUGUCUGGAUGGUGUCGUAUCCACGCACUGGCUCGACGUGGGCACAAGAAAUGGUCUGGCUGCUGGGUCAUAAGCUAGACUAUGAGGCAGCCAAACAGCCGCUGGGAAUGCGUUCACCCAUGAUUGAGUUGUCAGCUUUGUUUAGCACGGAUCACCAUCAGUGGGUGGCGGAGUCAUUUGGCAAUACAGUGGACCUGGUGCGUAAUUUGCCACAUCCACGCUAUGCACGAUCGCAUCUCUCCUGGCAGUUGUUGCCCGAGCAAUUCGAUAGUGUCAAGCCGAAAAUUGUGUAUACGGCGCGUAAUCCCAAGGAUCUGUGUGUUUCCUACUAUCACUAUUGCACGCUGUUGCAUAACAUUACUGGUGACUUUGAUCAAUUUGUGGACUUAUUCCUUAGCGGCCACACGCCCAUGGGCUCGUAUUGGAAGCAUGUAUUGCCAUUCUGGAAACGCAGCUUUGAUGACAAUGUACUUUUUAUCAAAUAUGAAGACAUGAUACACGAUCUGCCUGCUGUAGUGCGUCGUUGCGCUAAUUUCUUAAAUGUCUCCGAUUUAAUCAAUGAAAGGAGUAUGCAGCGAAUUUGUGAGCAUCUCAAAUUCGACAGCAUGCAGAGCAAUCAGGCCAUAAACUUGGAGAAGAUUCUACCACAAGGGGAAACAAAGUUUAUACGUAAUGGUAAAAUUGGCGACUGGCAAAAUCAUAUGACUGAUGAAAUGUCUGCACGAUUUGAUGCGUGGAGUGAAGAUCAUUUGCGUGGCAGUGGCUUAAAAUUCGAUUAUGAAUAG